AUGGAAAGCGACGGGAGUAGCGCCAAGGCUGCCAGGAGCACGUCCGAUGAGGAGGACCGAGGUGAUGGAGCUCAGCAGAAAACUCCGGAGGAAAUGCUGUUUCAUGAGGAGACCAUUGAUCUCGGUGGGGACGACUUUGAGUCCGAAGGGAAUGAAACGGUGUCCGAAGAUUCUAAUAACUUUAUAGAUAAACUUAACGAGCAGAUGAUGGAGAGCGUCAUUAUUUCAGACUCUCCGAACAACAGCGAAGAUGACACUGGGGAGCUGGGUUGUCUGCAAGAGAUUGUGGAGCAAAUGGAAGCCAAAGACAAUCAAAAAACACAAGCAGAAGUGGCUAAGGAAGAGCUUUUAAGUAAUGAGAGUGAAACUGAACACGAAGAAACACCCAGAGAUAUUUCUGAGAUUGGAACAGAUGAUCAGGCAUCGUUAAAGGAAGAAUCAAUUCAGGAGGCGGUGAAGGAGGAAUUGACAUCGAUAAACAAUGUUUCUGCUGAAAUAGGACCAAACACUGAUGAACACAGACCUACGGAGCAGGCGCCAUUACCCAGCACUGGCAAACCAGCUCCUGAGGCCGAGCCCAUCCCCGUCUGCACCAUUUUCAGCCAAGCAAACAAUGCUCGUGCUCAGCCACAGCUGUUCCUGCAUGAUGGUUUUGAGCCUCAGAUGGUAAAAUCUCCCAGUUUUAGUAGUAUAAUUGAGACUCCGGUGAAGUCUAAUCCCCAGGUAGUUCAGCCAAGUCCUAGUCUAAGCAAAUUCUUUGGUGAUACUGUGAACACUAAUACUUUAGCUUCAGAUUUUUUUGAUUCAUUUACCACAUCCAGUUUUAUUUCUGUCAGUAAUCCCAAUGCAAGCUCUUCAGUCCCAGAACAAAUGUCCUCUAUUUCUUCCACUGGAGACAGUUCUCAUGCUUCACCUGACCCUACUUUUUCUAUAGGAAAUGGGAGAACCGAAGUAGGUGGUCCUCCGAGCUCUUUAGAAAUAUCUCAGUCUCCCAAGCCCUUCUCCCAAAUACAGGCUGUUUUUGCUGGGAGUGAUGACCCAUUUGCCACAGCCUUGAAUAUGAGUGAGCUAGAUAGAAGAAAUGAUGCUUGGCUUCCUAGUGAGGAAACCAGGAACGUUCUGAUUUUGGUUGCCACACAGCAAUACAGCACUGUGUUCAUAGACAAAGAGAACCUCACCAUGCCCGGAUUAAAAUUCGAUAAUAUCCAGGGAGAUGCUGUGAAAGAUUUAAUGCUUCGCUUCUUGGGGGAACAAGCUGCAGUGAAGAGACAAGUUUUAAAUGCCAACUCUGUAGAACAGUCAUUUGUAGGCUUGAAACAGCUAAUUAGCAGUAAAAACUGGAGGGCAGCAGUUGACCUCUGUGGGCGACUUCUAACUGCCCAUGGUCAAGGAUAUGGAAAAAGUGGACUACCUACUAACCACACAACAGAUUCCUUGCAGCUGUGGUUUGUGAGACUGGCAUUACUGGUAAAACUGAAUCUCUUCCAAAAUGCAGAAAUGGAAUUUGAACCAUUUGGAAAUUUAGACCAGCCUGAUCUUUAUUAUGAAUAUCACCCUCAAGUGUACCCUGGACGAAAAGGUUCCAUGGUUCCUUUCUCCAUGCGUAUUUUACAUGCUGAACUUCCUCAGUAUCUAGGGAAUCCUCAGGAAUCACUUGAUAGACUGCACAGCAUGAAGAUAAUCUGCGCCAAGAUACUAGAAAAUUUGGAACAAGGCUUAGCUGAAGAUGGAAGUAUGACUACCAUUACACAGGAGAACAGGCAAGCCUCUGCUCAGCUGUGGAGGUCACGUCUGGGCCGGGUGAUCUACUCCAUGGCAAACUGUCUGCUCAUGAUGAAGGACUACGUGCUUGCAGUAGAAGCUUAUCACUCCGUCAUCAAAUACUAUCCGCAGCAAGAGCCUCAGCUGUUGAGUGGCAUUGGAAGGAUAUUUCUUCAGAUUGGAGACAUAAAAGCUGCCGAAAAAUAUUUUCAAGAUGUAGAGAAAGUGACUCACAAAUUGGAUGGACUGCAGAGCCAAAUAAUGGUUUUAAUGAACAGAGCAUUUCUCCACCUUGGUCAGAAUAAUUUUGCAGAAGCUCAUCAAUUCUUCACAGAAAUUUUAAGGAUUGACUCAUCAAAUGCUGUGGCUAAUAACAACGCCGCUGUUUGUCUUCUUUAUCUGGGAAAACUGAAGGAUUCCCUGCGCAUGCACGAGAGUGUGCUCUUCAACUUGACCACCAUGUACGAGCUGGAGUCGUCCCGCAGCAUGCAGAAGAAGCAGGCCCUGCUGGAGGCUGUGGCCCUCAAAGAGGGGGACAGCUUUAAUACUCAGUGUCUCAAGCUAGGAUAGAUCAUUUCCAACUAUUUUUUCCAGCAAAGUGCAUUUUUAAAAUUGUAUAUACUCUUGCUAGUGUGUAAAUGUGAAAUAAAAUCUCUUCAAUU